CGCGGCUGAUACUCGGCCUGUGCUGCUGUGGUUAGUCCUCUCCCGGCCGCCGUCGCCUCCGACAUAUUACCCGCAGGAGCUGCGGCGGCGAGCGGAGAGCGCCGGGGGAAGGAGAUGGGAGGACGAAGAGGUCCCAACAGGACAUCUUAUUGUCGGAAUCCGCUCUGUGAGCCAGGCUCUUCCGGCGCCUCUGGUGGAGGCCACGCUUCCAGUGCAUCGGUGACCAGCGUCCGUUCUCGAACCAGGACCAGUUCUGGGACAGGCCUCUCCAGCCCUCCGCUGGCCACGCAGACAGUCGUGCCUCUGCAGCACUGUAAGAUCCCCGAGCUGCCGGUCCAGGCCAGCGUCCUGUUUGAGCUCCAGCUCUUCUUCUGUCAGCUCAUAGCCCUGUUCGUGCACUACAUCAACAUCUAUAAGACAGUCUGGUGGUACCCACCCUCACACCCACCCUCCCACACCUCCCUGAACUUCCACCUGAUCGACUUCAACUUGCUCAUGGUGACCACCAUUGUUUUGGGCCGCCGCUUCAUCGGCUCCGUCGUGAAGGAGGCUUCUCAGAGGGGGAAGGUCUCCCUCUUUCGCUCCAUCCUGCUGUUCCUCGCCCGCUUCACCGUUCUCACGGCAACAGGCUGGAGUCUGUGCCGGUCCCUCAUCCACCUCUUCAGGACCUACUCCUUCCUGAACCUCCUGUUCCUCUGCUAUCCGUUUGGGAUGUACAUUCCGUUCCUGCAGCUGAACUAUGAUCUUCGCAAGACAAACCUCUUGAGCCACGUGGCUUCCAUGGGGCCCCGAGAGGCAGUCAGCGGCCUGGCGAGGAGCCGGGACUACCUGCUGACACUGCGGGAGACUUUGAAGCAGCACACUCGACAGCUGUAUGGCCCCGAAGCCAUGCCCACCCAUGCCUGCUGCCUGUCACCGAGCCUCAUUCGCAAUGAGGUGGAGUUCCUCAAAAUGGACUUCAACUGGCGCAUGAAGGAAGUGCUCGUCAGCUCCAUGCUCAGUGCCUAUUACGUGGCCUUCGUACCUGUUUGGUUUGUGAAGAAUACGCAUUACUAUGACAAGCGCUGGUCCUGCGAGCUCUUCCUGCUGGUGUCCAUCAGCACCUCUGUGAUCCUCAUGCAGCACCUGCUCCCUGCCAGCUACUGUGACCUGCUACACAAGGCCGCUGCCCACCUGGGCUGCUGGCAGAAGGUGGAUCCGGCUCUGUGCUCUAACGUGCUGCAGCACCCGUGGACUGAGGAGUGCAUGUGGCCACAGGGUGUGCUGGUGAAGCACAGCAAGAACGUCUACAAAGCAGUGGGCCACUACAACGUGGCCAUCCCCUCUGAUGUCUCCCACUUCCGCUUCCACUUCUUUUUCAGCAAGCCCCUGAGGAUCCUCAACAUCCUCUUGCUGCUGGAGGGCGCUGUCAUUGUCUACCAGCUGUACUCCUUAAUGUCCUCGGAAAAGUGGCACCAGACCAUCUCCCUGGCCCUGAUCCUCUUCAGCAACUACUACGCCUUCUUCAAGCUGCUCCGGGACCGGCUGGUGUUGGGCAAAGCCUACUCAUAUUCGGCCGGCCCCCAGAGGGACCUGGACCACCGGUUCUCCUGAGCCUCUGGGGUGAACCUGGAGACAGCAUCCGGGCUUGACCCAGGGGCCUCCUGGCCAAGGGCUCUUGGGGUUGGGUGGGGGUGGGGGCAAAAAAACAAAACAAAACAAAAAAAAUCCACCAGAGCUUUGUAUUUUUGUUACGUAAUGUUUCGUUCUUUGAUAAUUGAUGUGAUAAGAAGAAAAAAAGUCUUAUUUUUAUACUCCCAACAA